AUGGCUCUCUUCACUUCCAUCUCCACCUCCACCCUCUGCCUAUCCACCUCAAUCCGCCACUGCGGGCCUUCAAGCAGCUCGAAGCACUUCUCUCAUCCCAUCAUUGCUUCUUCUCUGAGCUCCCCAGCAUCCCCAGAUUCAAAAUCAACAACCCCAAAUCAAACCAUACUCUCCUCCUCCAAUGAUACUUCUCCAAACCCUUACGCCGGUGCGUCCUCUAGGCCGCCGGAGCCACCUGGCUCCAACUACGCCCUGGCCAACGGCAACCCGUUUGUUCGGUUUGCCCGUUCUGCUGAGUCUUCAAUUGAAAGGACAAUAUUUGACUUCCGAUUUUUGGCACUCUUUGCUGUUGGAGGUUCCUUGGCUGGUUCGUUGUUGUGCUUUCUCAAUGGUUGCGUUUAUAUUAUGGAUGCAUAUAAAGUUUACUGGACUAGUUGUGUCAAAGGGCAUCACACUGGACAAAUGGUUCUACGACUAGUUGAAGCUAUUGAUGUUUACCUUGCUGGGACUGUCAUGUUAAUAUUUGGUAUGGGAUUAUAUGGAUUAUUUAUCAGUAAUGUCUCUCAUGAUGUGCCUUCCAAUAAUGAUCGUGCUCUUAAGGGCUCUUCUUUGUUUGGAAUGUUUGCUCUGAAGGAGAGGCCAAAAUGGAUGAAAAUUAGCUCACUUGAUGAACUCAAGACGAAAGUGGGACAUGUAAUUGUCAUGAUUCUUCUGGUAAAGAUGUUUGAGAGGAGCAAGAUGGUGCAGAUAACUACUGGUUUGGAUCUGUUGAGCUAUUCUGUCUGUAUUUUCCUCUCUUCUGCUUCUCUGUACAUCCUUCAUAAUCUACACAAGUAA